GUCAAACCUCAUGAAAGGAGAUCUGCUUCUCUCGGCUCUCAUCUGGAUCACCUCCAGACCAGCAGCAGCCAAUCAGAUCCCCUCCAAUACAUCCACCGUCUGACAGAGAUUCAGGGAUUCAGUGAUCCUCAGAAGGAGGAAUAUUUCAGGAAGAGAAUCAGUGACGAGCAUCAAGCCAGCAGAAUCAUCUCUCACAUCAGAAGAGCAAGAAGCCUCCACAUCAUGUGCCACAUACCCGUCUUCUGCUGGAUCUCCUCCACUGUGCUUCAGAAGCUCCUGGAAGAAGAUCUGAGUGCAGAAAUCCCUCAAACUCUGACUGAAAUGUACAUCCACUUCCUGCUGAUUCAGAUCCACAUGAGGAAUCAGAAGUAUGAAGAGAGAGAUCCAGAGAAACUCCUGCGCUCCAACAGAGAAGUGAUUGUGAAACUUGCUGAAGUGGCUUUCCAUCAGCUGAUGAAGGGCAAUGUGAUGUUCUACGAGGAGGACCUGAGAGAGAGCGGCAUAGACGUCACUGACGCCGCAGUGCAUUCUGGGAUCUUUAAGGAGAUCUUUAAGGAGGAAUCUGUGAUUCAUCAGAGGAAAGUCUACAGCUUCAUUCAUCUGAGCGUCCAGGAGUUUCUCGCUGCUUUCUUUGUGUUUUACUCGUAUAUGAUCAAGAACAAGAAACCGCUGUAUAAAUUAAAAUUUUCCAGAUUAGACUCUCUGUAUGAUCUACUAAGAUCAGCAGUAAAUAAAGCCCUCAGGAGUGAUAAUGGACGGCUGGAUCUGUUCCUGAGGUUCCUGCUGGGCGUCUCACUGGAGUCCAAUCAGAGACUCUUACAGGAUCUACUGACACACACACAGAACAGCUCAGAGGACAUCAGGAGAAUCACACAGGACGUUCUAGAGAUGAUUAAGACAUGCAUUUAUGAUCAUGAUGACAUUUAUGUAGAUGAACUUGAUAUGCGAUACAAAGAAAAUAAAAAACUUGCUGAACUCUCAGCGGAUCAAUCCAUCAAUCUGUUCCUCUGUCUGCUGGAAGUGAAAGAUCAGACUCUGUCCAGAGAGAUUCAGGAGUUUGUGAAAUCAGACAAACACUCACAGAAGAAACUCUCUCCGUCUCACUGCUCAACAAUCUCCUUCAUGCUUCAGAUCUCAGAGGAGCCGCUGGAUGAGCUGAACACCAUGAAAUACAACACAUCAGAUGAGGGCAGAAGAAGACUGAUACCAGCUGUGGUCAACUGCAGUAAAGCUCGGUCCGCUGAUCGCACCAUUGUCCACUGCUUGCAGUGCCACAAACCCCAGGACAACCUUGCUGUUCACCUGGCCAGAGUGUGCAUGAAGAAACACACGCCUGAGGAGAGAGCGGCCGAGGUUCAGAAAGCCAAAGCUUCGGGCAAAGAGUGGAUUCGGACGAACAGGACCUGGGACUACAACCAGAUCUGUGUGCUCCUGCCUGACCGGCGCUCUCGGGUCACCGUGGUCAAGGAGCUUCUACGGCGUGGUUUUUUUAUCACGAACCAGCCCCGCGAGUCUGACAGUGACGAAGAAGAAGAUGCUGCUCCGUCUGAUCUUCCUCAAACCCGGUUGGUUCAGACGGCUCCGGGCAUUAAACACUGCCAGAAGAUCGUGAGAGUGGCGAAGCCGGACGUGCUCAGGAUCCAGAGGGACCUGCAGGCGGGCAGAGAGCUCUCCAACACGGACCAGACGCUCUACCGCUAUUACUGCGAGGCGCUCUUGGUGUUUGUCCACAUGCAGCGUCCCAGAGCUGUGGAAGCCUUGACGGAUGCCGAGUGGGUGAACAAGACCAAGCUGGGGGACAGGUUUGUGAUCGGCGUACAGAGGGAGAAAGCCUCGAGUAUGCAGAUCGCUCUGACCCAAGAGGAGGAAGCUUGCUUGGAGCUGUACUUCAGCCGCAUCAGGCCUGAGAACAUUCAGCCGGAUAAACUCUGCAAGAGCUUCUUCGUCUCGUCGUCCGGCGUGGAGGUUCACAGUGUCUCUCGGGACAUGAAUCGGCUCCAUAAACUGUACAAGCUGGCUCCUUUCUCUGCCCAGUGUGUGCGGAGGGCGGUUGAGGAGGCUGCAGAAAAGCUCCCGGCGCAGCAACAGGAGGCGCUCCAGCAUUACCUGUCCAUCAGCGCUGGUGCGGUCCGGCCGCAGGAUGUCCUCGACGCGGCUCUGCUGCUGGAAUCAUUAGUCAGCACUUCUGCGGACGAGACGUCCUCGGCCACAAGCGGUGCCGCUGGACCAUCUGGGAAGAGCUUCGCUGAGUUCGUGGAGAUAUUUCCUGUUUCGCCGGAGGGUCAGCCGCCGUCCAAGAAGCAGCGCGUCGAAUCAGGCUUUCCAGAUGACCGCGUUUUUUAUGACAAGUGGCGGAUUACCCAGCGUGCCCAGCGAGAGGAAUAUCUGCUGUCACGUUUCACAGUCCACAAGCCUUCGGCCGCAAAGGUGGCGCGGCUUAUCGCGCAGGAGGGGUGGAAGGUCAACUGUCCCAAGCCGGAGGACAUCGAGCGGAUGUGGACACCAGCUUCGAAGGCCGCGGUUGAAGAUUACAAGUUCAUCCUUCGCUGUGUGUCUGAGCAGAACUGGGCCGGCGUGGCCAUUAAAGACUUUGGUGGCAAGAACGGUUUGGGAGUCGUGGCAACUCGGACUUUUUCCAAGAACGACAUUGUCUGCGACUACCACGGCAGGGUCAUCCCAGCGGCACGAGGGAGGGCGAUGGUGCAGGAUGACGAGGACGGGCACAUGUUCUUCUUCAAAGCCGGACAGAGAGAGCUCUGCGUCGACGCCCAGACCUUUCCGUGCGAGUGCCACCCUGGCACAGACACCGUUGGCAGGAGGAUAAACCACUCCACAAAAGCACCCAACCUGAAGCCCUUUCACUGCAGGCUGCGUGUGGACGGGGAGGACAAGUACGUCAUCCUCCUCAGGGCGCUGCAGGACAUCAGUGUGGGUGUGGAACUACGGUUUGACCACGGGGUGAAGAGGAAGUCCUUCUGUGGAGAGGGCCUGGACCCGAUCUUCAUCACACAUGUGGAAGUGAAGUGAAGUGGAGCUGGAGAGAUUUGAGAAAGAUUCGUGCUUUAUUUCACAGUGUGUUCAUGUUCCCAUGUCCUGGAGCUGGAGUGGGUGGAUGUCUGAUGACUCUGACAGACUCUAUGAUAUUGGACAUAUAUUUAUGCUUUAUGUACAGGACUUCAUAUAAAGCUGUUACACAUAUUUCUUUACUGUUUUAAAAAUAAAAAUUCACUUAAUUGAUUCA